AUGACAACUGCUUCUGAAUCAAAGAAACCUCUUCUUGCUUUACCAGCAACUGCAGAAGAAACAGUACAGACUAUUGGUGUCAAUGAUACACUCAAACUAAAAGAACUUGGCCCAGUAGUCAUUAACGAGGAUGGUACAAUGAGUAGAAUCAACAACUGGCAUGAAAUGGCAGAUAUUGAAAAAGCUAAUGUGAAUAGAAUUUUAUUAAAACGAAACCGUGAACGCUUAGCCAAGUUAAAGGAACAAGCAGAAAAGGCUGAAACAGAAUCACGCGGCUGA